GUAUAAAUAUAGCUUUCUGUCCAUAUUACUAUGGAAUGGCAACAUUUGACGGCACUGCAAUUUACUUUACCAUAUAAUAAACAGUUAAAAUGUUACAAUUUUGAAUUAACAAGAAUUGUAAUAAACGUUGUCUGAUAUACUCAACUGUAUUUCUACCAUUAUAUUUCAGACUUAUUUUUACAACUUAUGUACAACUGUCAUUAAACAUCUGAUGCUAUUUCAGAUUUAAAUUUUGAAGUUAGCGUACAUGUUUGACAGCUGUGUUUAUCACGCGCUUACCUCUCAUCCUUGUUUGCAAACAUCCGCAAGUGUAAACGAACUAAUGAAUUGACGUAGUCGGCGGUCGGUACAAUUAGUACGCUUAACAGUGACUUCAUAUUCAAAUUAUAAGAUUAUUGUUGCACAGCUUCGGGUUUAAAUUACACCUCAAGUCAUAUCUCAAGUUCAAGACGGGAUACAAAAUGGGUGUACCGUCACACAACAAUCUCUAUGACCGUGUCAAUAAACUUUUGCUGUCCUAUGAGUGGAGUGAUUGUUGCUUCUCAGUGUGUGAUAAAAAGUUUAAAGCCCAUAAAUUAAUAUUGGUUAUUAGCAGUCCUGUGUUUGAAGCUAUGUUUUACGGUCCUUUGUCGACUAAUGAAGAAAUAAGUAUAACUGACAUUGAGCCACAUAUAUUUAAACUACUAUUGAAUUACAUAUAUACUGAUAAAGUUACAAUAGAAUCUAUCGAAGAUGCUUAUGAUUUACUAUAUGCCUCAAGAAAAUACAUGUUAGAAUAUCUAAGUGAGAUCUGUGUCUCGUACAUACAAUCAAAUAUGAGCAUUGAUAAUAUAAUAACCAUUCUUAGUUAUCCAGAUUACAUGCAAGAACCGCAGCUAGUCUCAUCAGCUUUAAAACUUUUUUGUCAACAUGCAGAAUAUCUUUUGAAGGAAAACAAAAAAUGCAUAUCUGCCAACUGUCUGCAAAAAAUUCUGAAAAGCAAUGAUAUGAACAUUGUUGAAAAAGAUCUUAUUCAGAGUGUUUUUGAAUGGACCUUUCAUUAUUGCGAUCAGAACAAUAUCAAAAACGAUUUUCAUAAUAGGAGAGAGAUUUUAAUUAAAAGUGGGCUAUUAAAAUUGUUACGAUUCUUUACCUUGUCAGUUAAUGACUUGGCGGAAAUAGUAUCAUGUCAGAAUAAUUUGUUACUAAAUAAUGAAGCAGAGGAUAUAGAACAAGUAGUAAAGAGUUCCGGAGAUAUUACCAACAUAAUCAUGCCCAUAUUUGAUACAACAACUAUGCCUCGAAAAUCAAUGAAGCUGCAAUGGUGUUUGUGUCAUCGUACGCAAAUCAGAUCGGAAUCUCCAUUAGUUGUCGACCGCAACAACUUUAUAGUACAGACGAGGGUAAAGGCUAACAAAUCAACUUUCAUAAACACCUUAAUUGUACCUUCAAGAAUGAGGCCCGUGGCCGACUUCUUUAGUAGCCUAGCUAACACAUAUCACGAACAAUUCUCAGUGUUGAUAGAAUGCGAAUCUCAUAACAGGAUAAUUAGUUCCUUCAACUUCAAGGCUGAAACGGAGUUUCAUUCGAACAUUGAUAUCAAACUUGAAGAGCCUCUUUUGUUGAACCUUAAUGUAUGGUAUAAGAUUAUCAUAAUAUGGCCGCACAUAGGUCCAUUUUUCUCUCAUUCGUAUGCUGUACAAAAUAGAGACAGAUGUUAUAGCAAUGGUAAAAUUAAAUUUGAGUUCGAAGAUUAUUUGUCAAUUUCUGAUAAUUGUGGCAGUUUUCUUACAGCGUUGAAGUUUUGUAUGUAAUUUAAAUGAUUAAGUGACAUGUUUUAAUUGUAAUUAUUUUUAUGCUCUAUAUAUUAUUAGGGGACCGUUGAUAGUUUGAAUGUCGGUUGAGGUUUGUAUUAAAAAUUGUGUUAGUUUGGUGAAGAAGUUAACAUUUUAUCAUGUUGCAUAAUGUAUAACAGUCGUAUUUGCCAAAAUAUUUAAAAGAAACAAGUAUCUAUGUUUUAAAAACUUAUACCUAAAUGUUUGAUUCUCUUUUCACGUUUUAUUCAAAUUUCCACUUUUCAUUAGAACUUAUUCCACAUAUGAGCUCGAAUUUCGUCAUCCCUAAAGAGUGACAGGUACAAAGUCAUUUUGUUCAGCAUUUUAACUUUAAUAUUUCUAUUUAUUUACAUAAUUACCCUAAUUAUUACAUAGACUUAAAUUCUUAACUUUGGUUGAGAUGUGAUAUUGUAAUGACCCUUCAGUAUUUUAUUUAAACAUGUAUAAAAUGUAUAAAUUAUAAUUAAUUAAAUAAUUUUACCAAA